UGCCCUUGUUUCCCCUUUAGGAAGGUACACAUAUUAAUUAUAUGCAUAGGAAUAUGACUAUAAAUAUGAGCAUGAAAAUAGUGUAAUGUUAGUGAGCUAAAAUUAAUUACUUAUUAAUUUACUUAUUGAUUUAUUCCAGCGCAAGAAAGUCCGUCCAGAGCCAGUGCCAGAGGCGGCGAUUCCCAGACCUCAGAGGGUCCGCCCCAUCCUCAGGAGGCUGAGGAAGUUCCUGAAAAAGGAACGAGCCCUUGUGGCAGAGGGCUCUGUACGGGAGGCCCAGACAACAGGGUCAGAGGUCACCCCUCACAUCCCCUCAGAGGUCUCAGACACUCUUAUCACACCUAAUCCAAAUGCCCUUCAAGAGACCGCGAAGGAGGAGACUAAGGUGAUCAAGGCCAUCCUCAAUGAGGACCCUGUUAAAAUGGAGGACCUCGAAAGAGAGGAGGACACCAACUUGUCUCCUGUGCCUGCAGUGCUUGGGCCCUCCUCCAGCUCCUUGGACCGCCGUGUGACCCAUCUGAUGGGGCAAGAAGUUGCCAAGAGGGGAAGAUCAUCAAGGGGCAGAAGGCCCUGUGCUGCAUUAACUGCCCCAGACAAUAGUGUUGCCCUCCUCCAACCUCAGCAGCUGAAGUGUAGAGGGCUGCCCAACCUGGGGCUGACCUGCUACCUGAACGCCACACUGCAGUGUCUGUUCCACCUGCAGCCUUUCUGCACUCAGCUGCUGGUGCAGGAGGAGGUGUGGAGGAUGGAGCCGGAGGCACUGCUGCUCGGUUCAUUUGUAGGACUGUUGCUACUCAGAGGGUCCUGUGAAAUGGACAUAAAGGCAGCUGUACUACUGGAGCUCAAGGACCAAAUCUCCCUGCACAACCAGGAGUUUGAGGGGAACUCACAGAACGACGCCCAUGAGUUCCUCUCAGAGUGUCUGAUGCGGCUAAGGGUCAUCGGCCAGGCACUGGCCAUGGGUGACAUGGCCUACCAGUGCCCAGUGGACACUCUGUUCUCCUUCCAGCUCCGGUAUAUAAGAACUUGCCAGAGCUGUGGAGUUGAGAGCACGAGGGAUGAGGUUAACACCAUGCUCUCCCUCGACCUGGUCGGACAGGGAUCAGUGAGAGACAGCCUCCAGCUCUUUUUCACUGAAUCAAAUGUGGAGUUCCGGUGUGAGUGCUGUGAGGGUCGGGGGUCAACCUUGAGAUGUCAUUUCCACACUCUGCCUCAGGUGUUGAUCCUCCACCUCAAGAGGUUCUGUCCCCUGACCCUCACCAAACAACACCAGGCGGUCACACUGGACCCCAUUCUGGACCUGAGCACACUAGGGGAAAGGACUGAAGAUGUUCGUAGAACGCCUCCUCCAACCAGAGGCCACUACAAAGCCAACUGUGAGGAACAGCCAGGCCAGUGGGUCAAAUCCAGUGACCACUGUGUCACAGUGGGAUCUGAGGAGGCCGUCCUCAAAGACAGGGAGAGGAUGGCCUACAUACUUUUUUACAUCAAAAAGGUAAUUUACACCAUCAGCCACAGCUGA